CUGUAGUCAGGCAUUUAAAUCAAGCAGCAAAAGAAAGUCGUUGAGUACUGUAAGGGCAGAGGGUGACAGUCUGCUCUGUACAGCCGGCUAAGAGAUAUUUGGCAGGCAAAUCUGAAUGAUAGUAUUUUAUACAUUUCCCCCGAAAAACUAUAUGAAAUCACUUGUGAUAUAGGUUUCAGUUGAAGCUGCUAGGAAUGAGCAUGAUUAUUACCGUCCUUUACAGUUUAAUUUUUACAGGAAAGUGAAGCUUUACGGGAUACAAGGUGCUGUAUUUUGCUUAUGUGAGGGACGCAUUAACAGGCGUCAUUCUUUUUAUCGAAAAUAAGCGGAUUUUGCUGCCUUCAUAAUUUUGAAAGGAGUACAUUGUAAUUCUAUUUUUAAAUUAGUAGAUUCAAGAAGGAGGGCUUGCGGCUUCUUCCAAGAGGGGAUUUUAUUCGGUCGUUGUAUUUUGAUCAUUUUUGUUAAUAAGUACAAUUGCAUUGCAACCCUCUGCCCCCUGCUUUAAGAAACCACAAGAUUAGCAAUUAUUUAUAAUAAUUGUUGUAAAAUACUAACCCAUUUGAAGGACAUUAUUCAUUUUUAACGUAACGCAUAAGAGGAAUUAAUAGGCUGUCAAUUUAAAAUAAAACCUAACCAUGUUCAGUUGGCUGAGUUCGGAUGAUAGACGAAAAAAGGAUCCUGAAGUGUUUCAGACUGUCAGUGAAGGACUGAAGAAACUGUACAAAACCAAGCUGCUUCCUCUUGAGGAGCAUUAUAAAUUUCAUGAAUUUCACUCGCCAGCCCUCGAAGAUGCUGAUUUUGACAAUAAGCCAAUGGUUUUACUGGUGGGACAGUAUUCCACUGGAAAGACAACCUUUAUCAGGUAUCUACUAGAACACGAUUUUCCUGGGAUGAGAAUUGGACCUGAGCCUACUACCGAUUCAUUUAUUGCAGUUAUGCAGGGUGAAAUCGAGGGAUCAAUCCCUGGAAAUGCUCUUGUGGUAGAUCCAAAGAAACCCUUUAGGAAGCUUAAUGCUUUUGGUAAUGCCUUCUUAAACAGGUUUGUGUGUGCUCAGCUACCCAAUCCAGUGCUGGAGAGCAUUAGCGUCAUUGAUACCCCAGGCAUCCUGUCUGGAGAGAAACAGCGAAUCAGCAGAGGAUAUGACUUUGCAGCAGUGUUAGAAUGGUUUGCAGAAAGAGUUGAUCGCAUCAUCCUGCUAUUUGAUGCCCACAAGCUAGACAUCUCAGAUGAAUUCUCUGAGGUCAUCAAGGCCCUCAAGAAUCAGGAGGACAAAAUCCGUGUUGUCCUGAACAAAGCAGAUCAAAUUGAAACUCAGCAACUAAUGAGAGUGUAUGGUGCCCUCAUGUGGUCUUUAGGUAAAAUUGUUAACACACCAGAGGUCAUCAGAGUGUACAUUGGUUCCUUCUGGUCUCAUCCAUUGCUAAUUCCAGAUAACCGCAAACUUUUUGAAGCAGAAGAACAGGACCUCUUUAAAGAUAUUCAGUCUCUUCCAAGGAAUGCUGCCCUUCGGAAGUUGAAUGACUUAAUUAAAAGGGCACGUCUUGCAAAGGUUCAUGCAUAUAUUAUAAGUACCCUAAAGAAGGAAAUGCCUGCAGUGUUUGGUAAAGAUAACAAAAAGAAAGAACUGAUUAACAACCUAGGGGAAAUAUAUGCUAAAAUUGAACGAGAAUACCUGAUUUCACCAGGAGACUUCCCCAAACUUUCGAAAAUGCAGGAUCAGCUUCAAGCUCAGGAUUUUGGGAAAUUCCAGCCACUGAAGACCAAACUUCUAGAAGGCGUGGAUGAUAUGCUUGCAAAUGACAUUUCCCAACUUAUGGAUCUAGUGAGACAAGAGGAAGUACAGAAACCUAUUCGUAUAGUGAAGGGUGGUGCUUUUGAAGGCACACAGAAUGGCCCCUUUGGACAUGGCUAUGGUGAAGGAGCAGGAGAAGGCAUUGAUGAUGUUGAAUGGGUUGUAGGCAAAGACAAACCAAUGUAUGAUGAGAUCUUUUAUACUUUGUCACCAGUCAAUGGCAAAAUAACAGGAGCAAAUGCAAAGAAGGAAAUGCUAAAGUCCAAGCUGCCCAACACUGUGCUUGGAAAGAUCUGGAAAUUGGCGGACAUUGAUAAGGAUGGAAUGCUUGAUGAAGAGGAAUUUUCAUUAGCAAACCAUCUUAUAAGAGUAAAGCUAGAAGGUCAUGAAUUACCUGGUGAACUUCCAUCUCAUCUUGUGCCCCCAAGCAAGAGGAAAAUACCAGAAUAAUGCAGCAGGUCUGAAAGAGGCAAAUGUGUGCUUCUUUGAAGAACUGCCAGAACAUAAUUUCUUGGUAUUAAAGAUAAAUUCUGUAAUUUAUGAAGAGAUAAAAGAAAGGACAGUCUUAACCUCUUGCUGAGUAUCCUUAUAUGUAUCAUCAUAUAUAUAAUUUCUAAGGGCAAAAGUCUAAGGAAACAAAAGCAAAGACAACUACUAAAGAAAACAAAAGCAACAACUACUAAAAAAAUAAAUUUGUGAAUUUCCUUCACAUGUAAAGAUUAUGUUUAACUGGCGUCACUCUCAGAUGUCUAGACUAACUUUAUUAAAACCUCUUUCUCAUACUUUGAA